UGUUGCAUGCGACGUCGUUGUGGCAGCGCUGUUAUAGUCUUGUUAUCGACGGUCAACGUUUAUUAAGUGCUUAAUGGGUUAAGCGAUAUUACAUUUUAGUUUUCAGUUCGAUUCGGUUACCUUUUUGUUGUUUUGCUCUUUCGUUGCUGUAGUUUUAAAAUAUCAAUUCGAAAUCAUAAAAUGGAAACAUAACGGUGCGGACUAUAAUAAUACCAUAAGUAAUCAACGAUAUUUUUUUAUUGUAUAUAAAGUGUUUGAACAAAUUCUAAUGUUAAUACUGAAAUACUUUGGAAGUCUGCGCUGGAAUAGCAGAGAUCACAUCCAAUUCAAAGUUUGAUAAACGAUAAUUGAUAUUUUUCAUUUGUAGAAUUCGACUAAUUGUAAGAAGCUUUUCUCUUAGUGCCUUUCAAUUUUAGGUUAUCCUGGUUUCAAACCAUUUUACUCACUGAAUUUCUAUCUAUUUCCUUACCACUUUUGGGUAAAGUAACUCAUUAAUUUGCUCAGCAAAUAGACAAAUUCUAACUCUAAUAUCUUAAGAUUCUUUGCUCAAAAAUUGUUUUACAAAACCUUUCUAGAUUCCUCUUCAAAAAUAAGUGACUGAAAUCGCUUGAAAUUAAUAAAAAAUUCCUUCUAAAAUCAAUCACUCACUGAUUAAGUUCUCAAAAACGCAUCAAAAUCUACUGCAACAGCGAGUCCUUUACCUUCCUUUCUGCCGUUACCUCCGCACUGAACACUUUAAAAUAAAGCACCUGAUAUAUAAAUAAGUACACGCGUUCCUUUUGCUACGCUCUCUUUCAAUAUUCUCAAAUAAUCAAUUUUCAUUCGACACUUUCUGUUGUCCUUCUACACCUCUCUCCAUUGCAGUUGAUAACAAUGCUUCCAAGGAUACCUUAAUGCUCUGUGAAGAUAGUGUGUUCGAAAGCGCGAGCUCUCUCCCUAUAUCUAUCUCAAAGCACCGUUCAGUACGAUCCCCACAAGUUUUGAUACCGCCGCUAGCUGGCCCACCCAUCGUUAGGCCGGUUCCACUGAUUCCAGCAGCUCCUCCAAUGAUACCUGUGAGACCUCUAAUGCCAGUUAAUCCUUUGCCACCACCUAUUGUGGUGCCUCCAAUGCAACAAUUACCAGCAGCUAGAUUACCACCACCUCGUUUACCUCUUUUAAAUAGUGGCGGCCAGACGAUUAUUGUAGAACCAGUGGUCAUCUUACCCAUCGGUAGCGGUUACCUGCCUUCUGGGUACAAACCUUCUUUCUACGGACCAUCGGGUCUCUAUCCAUACACGCCACAAGUCUACCCGACAAGGCGGCCUGCUUACUAUAAUUACAACAACAAUUACAAUAAUAAUAAUAAUAACGCCUAUAAUGACUAUGGGAACUACGCUUACAACAACAAUAACUACGGCGGCAAUUACGAUUAUUAUAACAACAAUAAUUAUAGUAACAAUAAUUACGGAUAACGGCACAUAAAUUCACACUUUGUGCACCAGACUUAAGUAUGUCAAAAGUCAAAUAAAUUGUAUGAAUGCAACACUGCUAAAGGCUUCCAAGGAAGUUGUACAUUAUUGAUGUUAAAAGGGGUUACUUUUCCUGGAAAAAUACGCACUGAACACUGCACUCCUUUUGCCAUUCUCCUGUCUCCCUCUUUUAACACUACUUUAUUCUCCUAAACCUUGCAGAAGAUGCGAUCCUGCAUUAUCUACAACGUCGUUCAACGCACUCAGUAAACGAGACGAUGAAUCGCCGGCAAAGGCGACAGAUUGGGUCAGGUGGUCGAGGUCCCGGAAUGGGUGGUGCACCCGGGAUGGGAGCUCAGGGGAACGGACCUAGACAACAAAACGGCAUGAACGGACCUGGACAAAUGGGUGGUCAAGGCGGAAUGGGGAUGGGUAUGGGUGUGGGAAUGAAUGGACGCGGACCGAUGGGCGGACAAGGAGGAAUGGGCAUGCCAAACGGACAAGGAAGAAUGGGAAUGCCGAAUGGACAAGGUGGGAUGGGCAUGCCAAACAGACAAGGUGGAAUGGGCAUGCCGAACGGACAAGGUGGGAUGGGCAUGCCGAAUGGUCGCGGUCCCAUGGGAGGACCGGGCGGUAUGGGGAUGAAUGGAGCACCUCGAGGUCCCGGUAUGAAUAUGCAAGGUGGGAAUGGAAAUUUCGGCAGGGGAAUGAACGGCACCAAUGGUUCUGCUUCCUGGUAUGGAUAUGGCGGCAGCAAUAACAACCCCAAUGGACCAAUGAACCAAUGGAACGGGGCUGGUGGUGGAAACGGUUUCGGCAGCGGUCCCAAUGGCAAUUUUCCCAAUAGGCAGCAGUUUGGUGGCCCCCCCUCAGUUUGGCAGAACUCUAAUGCGAUGGGUCAACAAAAUUUCGGCUUUUACAACGUCUCCACCACCACGCAAUCCAGUUGGUUCUAACACUGAAUAGUUAGCUGAACAACAACUGCAUAUAUGUCUGAAUUUGCACGAACAUACUUGAAUAAAUAUUGAAAAUGUUGCACUGCUCUCAGCUCUUUUAUCUUUUGCUUGGAAAAUUAAUUUUGCGAGAAAUUCAAAUCUUUUGAUUUCGGAAUUCGGAAAUUUGUUGUUGCUCAUGCAUUUCUUCCACUGCUAAUUGAAUUUCUCAAAUGUAUUUGAUGGUACUGUUAUUCAGAUUUGCAACUUUCUACAUUUUGUUGUUGCUUGAACUCUCGUUUACUGUUGUGUGGGCGUGUGGUCUUAGAAGUAUUUGCAUUUCUCUAUUUGUCCAACUCACAAAGGAAACGCAAUUAAAUUGUGCACACAUUCGUAAUCGAUUUUCGAGAAUUUCUUCCACUUGCUUGGAGAGAUAUUUAAUUCUAGCGCAGCAGAUUCCUUUUGCAUACCGUUAGGAUUGCACUGCUUUGUUUUCACCUAUGUAGAAUAUGCAAAUAAGGGUAUAUUUGUAUGAAUUAAAAAUUGUAGUUGCCGAAAAUAUGAAAUUCGUAAGCAUCGUAAUAUUUACAGUACUCAAAAUUCUGCAGAAAAUUGCUUUGGCGUCUGUGGGGUCUUUGAGAUGCCCUUAUUACGGAUUUGAGUCGAAAAAUGUUCCACUAUGUACAGCUAUUUUUGUAAAUUUAGUAAGUAGGGCUGGUUUGACGCCUCCACCUCUUGCCUACAACAAAAAAAUCCUUCGUGUUAGGAAAUGUUUACUAUUAAUUAGUCAGAACAGCCUCUAACAUAGUCUUCUUCAUCUUUAUUGGUGGAGACAACGCUUACGCGCUUAUAGUCCUUAACAUCACAGUCGCAAAAUGUUAUUUUUGAUGAUUUGAAAUUUUAGCGGGCUCCUAGAGGUAUACUUACUAUAGGAAACGUGCUUUAUGAAACGUAUAAUCUUAUAAGCAUUUCAAGGUAGUAGGUAAGCGUUUUGGUUGCGCUAGUCAAAAACUCUCAAUAUGGUUUCACUCUUGUAAGUCAACUGCAAAUUUUGGACUACGUUUUUGAUAAAAUAUUAAAUUGCUAGCAUACCUUUGUGCGCUGCUCUUUUUCGCAGAUUUUCGAAGUAUUUCAAAAAUGUUUUCAACAGCUGAAUAAAUAAGCGUACAUACUGGAAAUACGAUAACCGUGUUUAAAUUAUUACCAAUUUUUUUACUGAAAAAAAGCUUUCACAACGGAAGUUUUUGCACGUGAUUUCCACAAAAUUUUCGAAUAUAUUUUGAACACAACGAAUUUUUCAGCGAAAAUCAAAAGCAAAAAAGUCUUAUUUUAAGUGAAAAAGAAAAAUGUUCAAAUAAGAAGCAAAAAGGUAGUUGAAUAAAUAAGUAAUUAUAAUAGAAUUCAACUUUGUAUAGUUAAUUUAAGCAAAUAAUACUAAUUAUAUACAUGAAUUUGUAUUUAGAAAAGUAAUGCCAAAUGUCUUAAACGAAAAACUCUUUUAUUUUUCAGCAAGAAAUACAAAAUCUCCAUACAAAAAAUAUUAUUUUAACAAAUUCCACAAUUUGGGAAGGAAAAUUUACAACUGAAUUGACCCACUAGAAACGUUGAACCAAUGUAAGAUACUAAAUAAAAUAAAAGAACUCUAAACAGAGUUGCCACAAAAUGAGAAAUAUAAAAUAAAAAUCUCAAUUCAAUAUAUGCCGAAAAGUAUGCAAUAUAAUUUCUUAAUACUUCAAGAUUGCUAAAGUGCUUUUGUUUCUCAGAAAUUAAAAAAAGCUAAAAAAGCUAUUUGCUUUUAUAACUAAAUUUAUAAAUCUAACCCACAUUAGGGUUGUUCAAUUUUUAACGAAAAUUUUUAGAAAUUUUAGACCGUACAUUUUUGGAAGAAGUUGGCGUUCAAAAUUGAAUAUUUUUGUUGCUUUUGGAGAACAAACUUUCUAUUAAAUUUUCAGGCAUAUUCUUGAAAGCUUAGCUUUUUUGAAAUGUUUAGAGAAACUUAAAAAAAAG